AUGACUUUAUCCCCCACUCAAAGAGCAAACUUUGCUACCAUAUCUCGUCUUUUAUCUUGUGUUAUUAAUGAGCACCUUGUUAAAGCUUUUUACCAAUCAUUUCAACAUGAUUCUUCCGAAUUGGUCAAUUCUUUUGCAAAAUCUCCCUUAAAUAACGGUGUUAUUUUCGUUCUACCAGAAAACGAUAAAAUCAUGUCUAUUAAUAAUAAUAAUAUUAUUAUCAUUCCCAUGUUGCAUGAACCAAUUUUUUCAAAGGAUCAGGAUAAUGAUUCAACGCUAAUAAAAGUUGAUUUUGUAGAUCCUUGGGAUAUGUCAGCGCCAAUUUAUCAAAUAAGAUACAAACCUUUUCAGUUUGUAAGUCUUGACGAAUUGAAAUCAAUUAUAGCUCGUCCUAUGAAUAAAAGAGAAGAGAUCAGUCCAUCUGAAUUUAUGAGUUUAUUGAGCGUAUGGAUGAAUUUAGAUGAUGGCAAACUCAUCGGCACAUUAUGUGCAGAGUUAGAAAGUUCUGUUAAAUUUCAAGAGUAUACAUAUAAAAACCCACAGCCAAUGCCUUCCUUGCUUUCUUCGAGUGUAGAAUGGGAACAAAGUUUGAUAGAAGGCCAUUCAUUACAUCCGAUGCAUAAAUCACGAUUUGCCUUACCUCCAAUUCCGGAAAUAUUGCCUGGUACUUACGACUUUCGAAAACCCACAAUACGAUUCGUCGAAGUACCACGUGAUAAAACAUAUUUAUGCGGUCGUUGGGAGGAAAACCUUAACCGUCUUCUAGAUGUAAUGAAGCAAAAGCCAACUUGUUCACCAAAUUCAGUUCUAUUCCCGGUUCACGAACUUCAAUUACCAAAUAUAAAAGAAAAAUUUCCCUAUGUCAAGAUUCUUCCAGUCGAGCAUUCAAUCGAAGCAUAUAGUCAAGCUUCACUUCGAACUCUCGUGGUUCCAGAUAUUCCUGGAUUUGCAUUUAAACUUUCCUUAGGAAUAUUGGUGACUUCAGCGUUGCGUACCAUUACGCCAUGGACUACACAUACUGGACCAGAAUUUAUGCCAAUUUUCAAAAAGCUAUGCGUUAACAAAGAGAUACUUAAAAUUUCGAAUGGUGUCGCUACUGCAACCAUUAAUGAACAGAAUUAUGAUAUAGCAAAACAUCUAAGCUGCAUAAUACGUGAAGAUUUUAAUGAUCCAAAUGAAAAAGUGAUAAUUUGUGCUGCAUUAACUGAAAGAGAUGAGAAUGGUAUCAGUGUUGUAGAAAAAGUUUGGAGACUAGAUACAGAAGAGAAACGUGUUAAAUUUUUAAGAAGUGCAUUUUUGCCACCCGCUUUACAUAAUGGUUUUUCCUUUGAGGCACAUGCACAAAAUGUUCUUGCUCGUUUUGAUCCUUCUAGCGGACAACUUAUUGGCUUUGUGGUUCGGGACUUCGGCGGUAUAAAACACCAUCAGGAUACUCUGUUCGCGAGCACAGGGCUGCGUGCCAACGUAUUAAAAGAUAAUUGCACAGAAGCAAAGGAUUUGGUUGAGGUUUACACAUUGCUUUAUCAUACUUUAAUUUUAUGUCAUAUAUAUCGUUUAAUUCGUGCAUUAAACCUUCACUAUUCUGGUGUUGGUUGGAAAAUCGUUAGAGAACAUCUUUCAGAAAUCAUUCCACGUAAUCAUUUAUUGUGGAAAUUAUGGUUGGAGGAUAAAGUAACUAAAAUGAAAUGUUUUGUGCGAAUGAAGUAUGAAAAACUUUAUCGAGAUGUAAGUUUUUCUUGA